UCUAGGCGCUUUGUGCAAAAAAUGAUUAAUAAAGUUACAAAAAAUAAACUCCCGUGGGCUCUGCGGUUGCCAUGGAAAGUCGCAGAAGAAAGCUCGCGAUUAGCAAUAUCAUUGAAAUGUUGACAAGAUACCUCGUUAAUUAUCUCCUUUUAAAGAAAAAAAAAAGAACACUAAAUGUGUGAGGAGCUUGUGAUAAUAGAAGAUUUGAGAUGCCUUUCAAGGUUGAAUAAAUAUUCGAUAUAUAUAGAUAAAUUAAAUAUAAAUAGAAUGAAAUGUGGUUCAGAAUUGAUCGGAAAAGUCAAAUGGAUCGAAAAAGCUGCGGUAAACUCGAUUUUUUAUUAUUCCAGACUUUGUCCAGUGGAAUAAAUUGGCAGAAACUAUAAAAAUGACUCAUAUGUAACACUAAGAUAAAAAAAUACGAAAAUGAUUAUUAUUACUAAAAUAUUAUUACUAAAAUAUAUUUAAAUAACUUGCAAAAUAUUUUUUUCUUUGAACCAUACUAUAGUGUAAUAGUAACAAUAUGGUAACGUUAUUAAAUUUCAUAUUACUUUUUAAUUUAAUGAAAAAAAUGUAAUAGUAACAAAAAAAAACUUAUCAAUUAUAAAUUUAAUUUGCAUUUACUAUGUGUACAACAUUUUGUAAUAAAAAAAAUGAAUUUAUUUGCAUCAAUUCUUAACAGGUCAAAAAUCCUUCUCUAACAACAAUUUUUUUGUUUGAAAGAUGUUUUUAAUAUUUUAAACACAUGAUAUAAUAAAUAUAUAAUCUACAAACAUUUUAUACAAAUUGUAUCAAUGUUAUAUCACAUAUUAUAUUUUGUUUUAACCAUUAUCCACACUGAAUUAUAGUGUAUAAAGUAUAUCUUAUAAUAAUAUAAUUGCGUAUAAAAUAAAUGUUUUAAACAUCACAUUUACAUCACAUCUCCGAUUUCUAAUCUAAUUAGAGAUGGAUAUAGGAAAACACUCUCGCUCAUUAUUUACUUAUUAUUUUAUCGUGUAAUAGUAAAGACCACCUUUUGUCAUUUUUGAGGGGAAAUCCCAGAUGAUCACAUAAACUCAAUUUUUUUAAAAAUGUAGAAUUUUGUCAACUCUGGUUCGGGAUAGAAUUGUUCGCUUCGUUAAUAUUUCGAGACUUCGUUGUACUCAAAGCAAAAUAUUUGGAUAAUCUUUCCGAUCAACGAGACCGGGGAAAGAAGAAUAAAAAAAGAGAAAAGCCCUAUUGCUUUCUGCGACGCGAGAAGCAUUUAUAUACGUGAUGCAUUCUUAUUCCGCACACAUAUCGUCAUCCUAGCCCUGCCGCCAGGGACAAUGCCAUUGCCAUAGUGAAACAGUGAAAGUAUGGUCAUUUUGCCCUCGCUGUCGCGCGCACCUUCUGCCUUCUUCCCACUCACGCUGCUCGCACGCACGACACACGCAUCGACACAUUUCGCGCUAUCGCGAUAGUCUCGUUUUGAAUGUCGCGUCUAUUGAAGAGCACUCUCCACCUGCAGUGAAAUUGCACUUCUGCAUUCGACUGCGCCGAAGAUGAGAGCGCGAUGCGGAUUCUCUUAGGGUGCCUCAUCUGUCUCCUGUUAACGGUGGACGCAAGGACCGCGAUAAUGCCGCCGCCGUGGGCCGAUCCUUCAAGCAACCCCUGUGCCGCGCAACCGCGCGGUUGGCAGCUGCUAUACUGGCCGGCCGACGGAAAAUGUUACAAAAUAUUCCAGAUUGGCGCACCGUGUCCGGAGACUAUGGAGCUAGGUCCAGCAGCCGGUAGUGGCGGGACAAUUGCGGAAUGCAGAUGUCCUCCAGGAACCGCACAAUCACCUAGGGAUGCCUUGUGCCAUCCGAUAUUCACGAGAGCGUCCUGCUCCAAGGGUCAAUUUUUCGCACCUGUGCCCGAUGCACCCGACAAAUCAAGCGCGAAGCCACGAUGGGGAGUUUGUCGCGAUCCCGAAAUUUGCAAUGAGCAAGGCGAGAUCUACUGGCCCAGGGACGGCAAAUGCUAUCCGAAGCUUAGCAGAGGCCCAUGUCCACGUGGCGAGCUUCUCAUCGUGGGCGAGGAUGGUCUGGCGACCUGUUCAUGUUCAACGAAUGGCGAAUUGAAUAAAUACUACUGGCUAGGAAACGGCGGCGGUUGCCAUGAACACUAUACCAAGGGUCCCUGCUCAGAGCCGGGAGAAUUGUUUCUCCCAGGUGGUACGUGUGGUUGCCACCCUCAAUUGCCUCACUAUCACGAGUCAAGUAGGAUGUGCUAUCAGCUAGGUGGCGUCGGUCCGUGUCCGCAAGGACAUCAUUUUGUAGUGACAAUGGAUGCUCGAUCAUCACAGGAAGAUGUUGUGCGAGCCAGAUGCGUUUGCAAAUCGGGACAUGUGCUGUACAAGGACGGGCUCUGCUAUCGGUUACAUACAAGGGGGCCCUGCGAGAAUGGCUACAUGUUGGUAAAUUCGUCGACCUGCAUUCCCGUGCCAUGCAAACGCGGUAGGCUAUACUUUCCACGGGAAAAGACCUGCUACAAGAUCGGUACAAGAGGACCGUGUUCGAACGAGCAGAUAGUAUUGUACGAUUAUAACGUGAAACCGUCCCUUGAUGGGAUUAGCUACAAUGGUGUGUGCGGAUGCACCAACGACAUGAGGAACGCCGGUAGAUGUCUGAAGAAUGAUAGUGACGAUUGCGAGAGCACACCGGGCAUGGUAAUGAUCGGGAAAAUCUGUUACAAGCUGUACACGCAAGGUCCGUGCACCGCAGGAGAAUGGCUAGUUGCUCAGAGAACACCGAGAAACAGUCGGCUGUGGCAACAGGGAAAAUUGCGACCAAAAGCCAGAUGCGAGUGCCGACCUGGUUAUAAGAGGACCAUUCUAAGUUCUGAUAAUGCUCUAGAGGAGCUAGAGAAUAAUAAUCUGAUUUCGCCAUACAGUUGUCAGCCACCUGCAGUGAGCCUGGCAAAGUUUCUCAAUGAUAAUAUCAAAUCAGUGGUAAUCUAAAUAGCUCAAUAGUUCGUAAAUCGCUGCAGAUCACAUAACGCGGUAUAGUACUUAUAAGUUCCAAAAUUUAUCAAAUAACAUUUAUUAUUAUUCUUUUAUUUAGUGAAGUAAAGAAAUACGCGCGUGAUGCAUUGAACUUUUUAAUUAAAAAAAACAAUGGUGAUGAUCGAUUUAAUUUUGUAUAUAAAAACAUAUAAAUUAUCGUUUAGUUUCAUGUUGAGUAAAACUUUAUUUAUUGUGUUCUAUAUUUUAAGGAUUGUUGUAAAUAUUGUUUUCAUAUGACUUUUAUAAAAAGUCUAAAGUUUCUUACAAUAGAUAUGAGAGAUAUGUGCCAAUUUUUUAAAGAAAUUUGUUCUUAAGAAACUUGUAAAUAAAUGCAGGUGUACUUACUCAUUUUUAUGCUGUAAAUCGCGGAUUUGUUGUUGUACUCCAUCAGUUUGUUGGUCCUUGUGCACCAAUUCUCGUUCCAAUGCAGCAAUCUUUUCCGUCUUUUCGUCCAGUGCCAUCUUGCAAAAAUAAUAAAAUAUUAAAAAAUAAUCAAAUUAACAAAUUAUUAUUUAUGCAGAGUUAAAAAUAAGAUGUUUUUUGUUCUUGAGUAACUGUAACUUUGUUCCUUUCUAUUUGUAACUUAAUUAAUGUCUAUUUAGGUUUAAUUAACUCAUUAUCUGCUUUUAAUUCUUAGAAUUCUUAGAAUUCUCUCUAAAGUUAAAUAAAAAAAAAGAUCAAAAUUGAUCUAUACUGAUAGAAAAAAAACAAUAAUUACAUUUCUUUAUAAUUAGUGACUAAUUUAAUUGUAUAUUUUUGUAAUUACUUCAUAUAUUUUAAGCUUAUUCAUCAAUAUAUGGAUUGCGUUCGAUAAAAUAAAGUGAUAAAUCAUCUUCAAAAACAGCUAUCCUACAAACAUAAAA